CCAGGCUAACCCGUUCCGCGCGGCUUUCUUGGCGCUCUCGUGAGACACAGCGGCGCACUUCAAUCCGCAACCGGUAGAGCAAUGUUCCGUACAAACGAACACGAAGCUAUUUUGAAACAGUCCAGAGCAGGGAUGAAGAGGCCCAGGAGCCCCGGGCUACUGGAGAAUGUCCUCCUGCCGAAGGCCGAGGAAGAGGAGGAGGAUGAAGAAGAGGAGCGAGCCGCCCCUGGGCGGAGGCCUAAGCGGGAGAGGAGACAGAGCAGUGUGACUCUGUGUGAGGUGUGUAACAUCCAGCUUAAUUCAUUGGCCCAGGCCCAGAUCCACUACAACGGCAAGACUCACCAAAGAAGGCUUCGCCAGUUCAAUCUCGCCAAGGCCUCCAAUGCCACGCACACACACACAGGUACACUGUCCCAGGCCAACCCCCUCCUGGCCUCCCUAUCCCUCCCGGGACGGCCCCUCCAGACCCAGCUGGACAUCAAGCACUUCCUGCCGCUCCACGUCAACGCCUCCUCCCCCCUCAACCUCUUCCCCAACUUCAACAUGAUGGACCCGGUUCAGAAGGCGGUUAUCAACCACACGUUCGGUGUUGCACCGCCUAAGAGGAAACAGAUCAUCUCCUGCAACAUCUGUCACCUCCGCUUCAACUCCACCAACCAGGCUGAGGCUCACUACAAGGGCCACAAACACGCACGCAAGCUGAAAUCCAUGGACGCCCAGAGGAACCGUCAGAGGGGCCAGGGCUCCAUGGCAGGGAGGGAAAGAGACAGAGACAGGGGGAAGACUGGAGUGGCAAAGUCUCUACCUGCACUGAUGGACCCCAGCCUCACAGAAGGAACAGGCCUGCUCUUGUCUCACCAGCCCCCCACCAGACCGAAGCUGGAUGACACCCUCCAGGGGGUCUCCCCCACGCCUAUGCCUGUCUUGGAGACCUCUUCCCUGGACGCCUUGGCCCUCCUCUCCCCCCACGUCUCCCCUGCUGUCUACCAGCUCUCGGAGCUCACGUCAGAUGGUAGCCCUAUGGAGGGCCCCAGCCCGACCCCAGACUCCAACCCGCCACUGGAGGGCCAUUGGGAGUCCCCAGGGGCACCAGGAGGGGAAGAGGAGACCAGGCAGGGCAAAAAGAGCCCCCCUGCCAAGCAGCACCUCCACUGUCCCAUGUGCAAAAUCACAGUCAACUCCUCAUCCCAGCUAGAAGCCCACUAUAGCGGCUCCAAACACAAGCAGAUGCUGGAGGGCCAGGUGGGUGCUCAGGCGCGACGCCGAGGCAAGGUUAUGUCAUUGGCUAGGCCGACAUGCAGGAGCAAGCAGGCAAUAAGCAGCAAGGCCAGGGUGGGCGUGGCCCUGGCUAGCCAACCGUUCCACUGCGAGAUGUGCGAGGUGUCCGUCAACUCGGAGACGCAGCUCAAACAGCACAUGAGCAGCAGAAGACACAAAGACCGGUUGUCAGGAAAGCCCCAGAAACCAAAGUUCAGCCCUUAUACUAAGAGCCAGCCAAACCCUGUUUUAGCGAGCGUGAGAUGGAGUGGUUUCCCGUUUGGGGGGGUGACCUCGGCCAUAGGGAAACUGGCCAGCCACUGCCACCUCAGCACUUACAGCCCUCAGACCAAACUGGCCCUGCAGAAGCAGCUGUCCAAGGCCCUGUCGGCAGGUUUCCUGGCCAGCCACAUGAACCCGGCCACCCUUUGCACCAUGGCCUCCAAUCCUCUGACCCUGCGGUGCCCCCCGGGGCCAGGCCAUACACCCCUCAUCCAGACCCCCCUGCUCAGCCCCGCGCUCUUCAGGCCCGCCCCGGGGCCCCUGAGGGCCACUCACACGCCCAUCAUCUUCUCGCCGUACUAGCCGAGUUUGGACUAGCUUGGAUCAAAUUGGCAUACAUUUACAUUUUAGUAGAGCAAGACGAUCUAGCCCAGCCUUUCUAGAUGAAAAAUAAGGACCUAAGUGGAGCUACUCUGAGGCCCUGUCCAGAAACAACCCUUUACCCUCCCACCUUGGCAGUUGUGUACAGUACAGUAUAUCAUUUUAUGCUGUAUAAAAUGAU